AUGAACACCGGGUGUGAUGAAAGAUUGGAAUUGGUUUCGCAAACAUCACCAUUCGAAGAAAAGGUUACACUAAAUGGUUUACAAAAGAAUAUAAGAGUUGUAAUUAAAAACAGUCCAUUCAAUAUUCAAUUAAAACUAAAGAAGCCCGAUAUCGAUUUAAAUUGUGUAGCAUUCGAUUCUACAUUGCUAUAUGAUUGUGAUGGUAAUGAAGAAAAAGAAGUAGAUUUUGUUAAAGUUAAACCAGUAGAACAUAAAGCAACUCCCAAUGAAUCUGGUGAUUCGGUAAAUAUAGAAUUACGUAUCAAGGUAUUAACUUCACAACAUGAAGAUAUGUUUUUCAGAGUUAAAAUAGAAGGCCAAGAUCCAAUUACUAAAGAGCCAAUUGGGGGUUUAUACGCAUUAACAACCUCAAUCAAAGUAAUUUCUAAACCCGAGCAACUAAAAAAGAAA